GCGACGUCACGACAGCGAGGUGUGUGAUUCGGAAAUAGAGAAUAUAAGGUAGCCACUGACAGGAGAUAUUGGUUAUUUUCACAUUGGUUCCGCAGAGGUACGAAGCAGCUAGCAAAGACGACUUGAAUUAACGCGGUAAUCAACGUUUUGAGUGCUUAGAAAAUGAGAUUACGGCAAGCAAUGUACAUAUUUGUGUUGUUUUAUGCAUCUUUGGUAUUUUCUAUUCUCGCGGAAGAAACAUUUAGCAAAAAUGAUGAUAAUGAAAGAAAUAAGAGAGACCUUUCAGACUUUGAUGCAAACAAUUUAGUGAAGGAAAAAAGACAGCGUGAUUUUAUAGGUAAACGAAUGCGCGACUUCGUCGGAAAGAGAUCCGUGGAGGACGAUGGGUACGCGCUUGAUCUCUCAGGUGCUGCGGACGACUACGGGGACGUUGAUAAACGUUACAGGGACUUUCUCGGCAAACGGAACUACCCCGAUAAAAUAGAAAGCGAAAAACGCAUGCGGGAUUUCCUCGGCAAACGGGAUUUCGAAUAUUUGGACACUGAUGACUUGACAGCGGGUGAAAUGCCUCCAUAUACUGAAUCGUUUGAAGACGAACGCGGAACACAUUCCUACGAAAAACGCAUGAGAGACUUUGUCGGCAAGCGAGCGUACGGUGGCGACGUAUCAUAUCUUGUGAAGCGCCUACGAGAUUUCGUCGGGAAACGUUUUACUCCUGAAGACAUUAUGAUGCUGCGAUCAAGAUAUUUUGUUAGAAAACCAAAAUAUGAACGAGAACUUAUAGGUAAAAGAUCAACUCCCUUAUACGUUAGCGAUAUUCAAGAGGAUAAAAGGAUGCGUGAUUUUCUUGGAAAACGUAUGCGUGAUUUUGUUGGCAAAAGGAUGCGGGAUUUCCUUGGCUAACUUGACCAUGUGCGCUGUAAGUUAAAACAGCUUGAAUUAAAACACAUGAUUUCCAUUGUUCUGUGUUCAUCUGAUUUUCAAUGCAAUCAAAGUUAAGUUUACAGUCGCAAUAUUAACCAUUGACUGCAUAAACUGUUCAUAUUUAGAACAAAACGUGCAAUAUAUUAUAGUAAUACAAAUUAUAAAUUGGUAUGGUAUGAUAACAUGUAUUUAGGGAUUAACAAUAAAACAUCAAAUUGA